GCAAAGGCGAUUAGGGGGCGGACGAGAGAGAACGAGACUGGCCGUGGUGGCCGUGUCGAUCGACAGUAGCGUGAAGGCAGUCCGAGAGAGAAUGACUCGUCGCGCGCGUCUUCUAAGCGUCUCGUGGCCGGCCCUGCUGCUGGCCGUGAUCGCGCCCUUCGCCGCGGCCCUAACCAAGAACGAUCUAUAUCCUUACGCGACCUCCGGUUCCUCGAUCCUUCAAACGGACACCAGCGGGUUGCUCGUCUCCGCGGAGGUGAACCUGCAGACGCCCAUCGCAUUCUACGACAAGAUCUUCAAGUCCAUAUUCGUGAACGGAAAUGGCGUCCUCUCGUUUAGCAGAGCUAUGCAAAGGUUCGUGAACAUCGCGUUUCCACUCGACGAUCCCAUCAUCGCGCCGCUGUACACGCAUGUGGACACCAGAGGCUCCGGUAGGGUGUAUUACGUGGAAACGGACGCGUCGGAGGUCCUUGGAAGAGCCGGAAGAAUGGUCCGCAGCGCCUUCACCGACGCUGCAGACUUCGUGCCGACUCACAUCUUCCUCGCCACAUGGGUGGACGUCGGCUACUACAACGGAAAAAGCGACAAGAUGAACACGUAUCAGGUAGCAAUCUCUUCGAACGGUACGCACUCCUACUUAGAACUGCUGUACCCGGAAAACGGCGUGCAAUGGAUUCAAGGUGAAUCUCACCCCAGUGGUCUACCAGACGCGAAGGCACAGGCAGGAUUAAUGGCCCUGGGAAGAAUGUACACUCUGAGGGGAUCAGGGACGGAUCAGAUUCAGAACGUCGACAAGUGGUCGAACGUCAACAGACCUGGACACUGGGUGUUUCAAAUUGGACCGAUCUCCGACGAGGAGAAUAUACAAGUUCCCGACACCAUAGAAGAUAGCAGCGCAACGAACCAAGUAGCCAACUGCAGAACAGGAGCAACGAGUUGCCACAGCAGGGCGACGUGCGUCGACUACGAAGUUGGCUUCUGUUGCCACUGCAAGCAAGGAUACUUCGGAAACGGGAAAUCUUGCCAGCCGAACGAUGUUCCAUUGCGCGUUUUCGGCCGCGUUUCCGGGAACAUCAACAACGUCGAGUUCGCCACGAGAGAUCUCCAAUGCUACGUACAAACUGAGGACGGAAGAACGUACACGGCUGUGUCUAGAGUACCCGAAGAAAUCGGCGCCAGUUUCCUGCUCCUUGGAAAUCUAGGCGGAGUGAUCGGUUGGUUAUUCGCCAAGUCGGUCGGUGGAACGAAGAAUGGAUAUCAGCUCACAGGGGGCAUGUUCAACCACACUGCCGAGUUGACAUUCCCGUCUACCGGCGACAAAGUGACGAUACGAAGUAAUUACCUCGGACUGGACGUCUUCGGCCAGCUAAAGAUGCAGGCUGAGAUCAAAGGCACGUUGCCCAGGUUGCCGUGGGACGUGAUGGUCGACUACGGCGCCUACGACGAGCUCUAUACCAGAGCUCAAGCUGGAGCGAUCCGUGCGCAGAGCGAGCGAACGUGCAAGAUAAAGGAGGCAGGUGAAGAAAGGGAGAUCAACUUCACUCAGGACCAGACGUUCUUCUAUAACGAAUGCCCCUAUCUGACCGUCGAGCCCAAAGACGACACCAGUAGAUUGAAGUUCUUCAGGGGUGUCAGCACGUACGACGCCACCGAAGGAAUCAUUCGUUUGGCGGUGAACACGAAAGUAGCGCCUUUGGAAGAGGAAGAUCCUUGCAUUCAGGGGAGAGACACGUGUCCCGAUCACAGUUCUUGCGUCGUCGACGGAGACAGCUUCAAGUGUGUCUGUGAUCCAGGGUUCCAAUACCUGUACGAGGAGGACGGAAGCAAGAUGUGCGUGGACGUGAACGAAUGCACCGCCGGGAAUCACCUGUGCUCUCCCGACGCGCAGUGCAUCAACCAGGAGGGCAGCCACACCUGUCAGUGCAGGCCAGGAUUCACCGGCGACGGCAGAAAUUGCCAGAGAUCUGUCUCGUGCGAGGAAACAAGGUGCGGCGAUUACGAGGAAUGCGUGAUGGCCGAAGGCGAACCUACUUGCGUCUGCAUUCUAGGAUACCAAGAUACCGAGGAGGGUUGCUACCCCUUGGUACGAGGUUCCUGCGACGUGGAGGAUAACUGCUCGCAGUACGGCAUCUGCAACCUCGACCCGGAGACGCAGACGCAUGUGUGCAUUUGCAUCCCAGGCUUCGUUGGUGACGGUUACACGUGCUAUUCGGACGGGGAUGAAACCACAACGGACGUACCGCCGAGACCACAGUGCGCAGAGGAGGUGUGCUGGUGUCCGAGAGGCUGGGAAUAUCGGAAUAACGAAUGCGUACUCCAGGAAGAGAAGCACAGGGCCGUCGACGACGACCGUGACUUAUCGUGCAACGUGGUGAACAGGUGUCAUCCCUACGCCCAGUGUAUCUACGUGACGAGCACGACUCACUACGAGUGCCGCUGCAACCCGGGCUACGAGGGUGACGGUAUGGAGUGCAGGAAAACAGAGGUGUCCUGCUUGGAUGUGGACAUAUGCGACCCUAACGCGUCCUGUCAGCAAGAAGAAUCACUGGCCAAGUGUGUCUGCAAUCCUGGCUACGAAGGAGAUGGAACCACUUGCAGUCCUAUCGACGAGUGUCGCGGCAAAUCUGAUUGCCUGGAGAACGAAUACUGCUGGUACAACUCGGCGAGCACGCGGUACGAGUGCACGUGUAACCCUGGAUUCAGCAUGGUCGACGGGCAUUGCGUGGUCUCCGAUUGCUCCACGAAUCCUUCCCAGUGUCACGUGAACGCGCAGUGCGUGUCCGCUGGCAACGGUGGCUACAAGUGCGUCUGCAUAGAGGGAUACAACGGUGACGGGACCCGGUAUUGCGUCGAGGACCACAUCGGCUGCAACGUGCUACAUAAUUGCGGCAGAAACGCGAUCUGCGGCUACAAUCAGACCUCCGCGAAUUUCGCCUGCGUAUGCCAGCCGGGCUUUUACGGCGACGGUAUGACGUGCCUGCCCCAGUCCUCCUGCAGACUGGACUCGAGCCUCUGCUCUCAGUUCGCAACCUGCGUGACAGCUGGCGACAAUCAAUUCGCUUGCGUAUGCAACGAAGGUUUCAUCGGAGACGGAGCUAAUUGCAAACCAAGACCGAAACACGACUCUGACUUUCUACUGGUGAACCAAGGAAUGGCCACUUUGAGGAUACCGUUCGUAGAGACGCCCAAGAACGAAGGAAGCCCGAUCUACAUAUCGUACACGCAGAUGGCAAUCGCUAUCGACAUCGACUGUAUGAACGGGAAAGCGUACUCGAGCGAUAUCACCGAUAAUCGAAUAAUCGAAUUAAAUUACAACGGAUCGAUGGCCGAGACGUUCAUGCCGAAAGUUAGCAGCCCCGAGGGACUGGCGGUCGAUUGGGUCUCGAGAAAUAUUUUCUGGACUGACUCGGGAAAAGUGACCGUCGAGGUGGCCAAUCUUGAGACGAAGAAACGAAAGGUGCUAGUUUCCGACGGCCUGAUCAAUCCUAGAGGGAUAGCCGUGCACCCGUAUCGCGGGAAGAUAUUCUGGUCCGAUUGGCACCGUGUUUCGCCUAAAUUGGAGUGGGCCAACGAGGACGGCACCGAGCGUGCAAUUUUCCUUCAAGGGGAUUAUGUGAUGUUACCGAAUUCAUUAAGUAUCGAUUGGGCGACGGAUGAGCUAUGCUGGGCGGACGCCGGAACGUUCACGAUAAGCUGCAUGGAGAUCGAUAGCAAGCAGAUUAACGUGGUCGCCAACGAGCUCUCCUAUCCGUUCGGUCUCGCGAUCUCGCAUCAGCAUUAUUACUGGACCGACUGGAAGACGCACAAAAUCGAAGUCGCCAUGAAGAGUAGCGGGGACAGGAAGCCGGCCAUAUCGGUUCCACCGGGAGGAAGCGGUAAAUUAUACGGAAUAGUAGCCGUUCCCGAGUCAUGCCCAAGAGUGACCAACGUCUGUCAGUUCGAGAACGGAAGGUGUAACGAGGAACAACUGUGUCUGCCCGACGGCCACGGGGGUAGAUCGUGUGUGUGCGCGGACGACGCGACAGGACCUUGCACCGAUUCGCGUUAGAGGUGGUUGUUAUCUUAAGGAUCGAGAAGAGGGCGGACUCGAGGCGCAGGCUGGUUACGUUAAAGAGAGGCGAGCGGAAGACAGGGACAGCUCGAGUCGCGUUUAGAGAUCGCGUGUAAAUUAUAACAUUACUACACUUGGUACGAUUAGUUUGUCGUCCACGUUUUCGAGUAACACUCAGUCUUUUGUAUCUAACACCGGAGCCGCGGGCCGGGA